UGCGGACUUGUUCCACAUUUGUAGCAGAUCGCCAUCAACGUGUUGGGAAUGUGGAGCACGACGACACCCGCGGAGCGGAACUGGGCAUCGAUGGACUUUGUCCAUUCGCAGCGCAGAAACAGUCUCUCGCCAGAGUCCUUGGAGAAGUUGGUUUACAUUCACUGGAACAUGCAGUUGCUGCGUGUUCCAAAUAGCAAGGACAAUGGCUACGUCGAUGUGUGGGGAUCCUUCUUCGAGCCAUUGAUGGAGCCGACAACGGAAGAUGUAGCUGUCGAGGACGCCACAGAGGAUGACGCAGCGGACAAUAUCGAGGAGGAAAAGAGGCAAAAGAGAUUGAAGAAGACUCCGAAAGACCAGAUUCCGAAGAGCUUGCUGGAUGACGACUCAAGAGGGAGCAACGAUUUUCAGGAUCUCACUGGACACCGACACCCUACGCCUGAUGCUGACGAGGAGGAAGCUGCUCGGGCCAAGGCUAUGGCAGAUAGGGAUGCCGCUUUAGUUCAGAGGCGGAUGUGUGAGGAGGAGGCUCGCCAUGCUGCUGUCCCCACCCAGAGGGAGAGAGAGAGACAGAGUAAACAGGUCAGCCAACAUGAGGAGCAACAUAGUGAUGAGGAUGAAAGGGUGGACAACAUGGAGGUAGAUAAGGUUGUCGUGCGUGCAGAACAUGAAGGGAGUUUGCAGCAUGUGGGAGUGGAUAUUGAAGCACUCGCAAAAAAAAAUGUGCAGCAAGAAGGAGAAAAAAGUGUGCCGCAAGAUGGGGGUGAUAUGAAGGAGGAUGCGGAAAAAACUCAGCAGCAAGACGGAGAGGAACUGCAGCAACCAGCACCACCAAUGCUUUACGCACGAAGACCCCGCCCACCGCCACUGCAGCAGCCUGCACCGCAAGAGCCGCGGGAGCACCAGCAGGCUGUGGCUGCGGAGCAACUAGAAAAACUCAGAUCAACGGCGAGAGGAGCAGCGGCCCACUACGACAGACCCCCGUACCCAGCACAGAAUGAGGAUGCCCAACACGACAACAUCUGGAAAAGCACGGAUGGGCGAAAGAGGAAGGCUCCGGUGAAUGAAGUCCCCACACCACGUCGCCACAGCGGGAGGCCCCCCAAGGAGAAGACGGGGCACAAAGCUGCACCAAAGUCGAAACGUGGUCGUGGAAGGCCCCGCAAAGUGCAAGUCUCGGAGGAUGACCCCGACUUAGAUGGCGGCGGUGCAGAGUCCGCCGGACGACGAGAUUAGCGAAGGGGAUUCCAAAUGAGAGAGAGAGAGAGAGAGAGAGAGAGAGAGAGAGAGAGAGAGAGAGAGAGAGAGAGAGAG